GGAUAUUAAUUUAUAAUUCCCCUAAGCCUUUGUAUUUUUAAAAUAUGUCAAAUAAAUGUCAAAAUGGGAGCUUUUUUGGCACGACUUUGGGCCCGUUUUACCGAAUUCCCCAUAAAAAGCAAACCCAUCUGUUUCCACUUGCAGAAAAACUUCAUGAGCACGGGUGAUGAAAAAGCCGAGGAUCAGGAAAUCCAAACUGAUGCUUACGACGAGCUACAGAAAGCUUUCAUUCGCAAACUGACAGAAGUAGGAGACAAACGCGACAAGUGGUUGCGGGAAAACUUCACACAGUGGGACCAAAUCACCGUCGACGAUUUAACCAACAACUUCAUGCUUCUAGCGUCGGAAGAAAACGGAAUGAUGGAUUUCAAAAAAUUUUGCUGCUUCUUGGAUAGUCGAGCUGACACUAGCAGUGACCACCUUCGCGAAGAAAAAUUCAAAUCUAUGGAUUCUAACGACGAUGGGUUUAUCACUGUUGACGAAUUUCUCCUCCUGGUGUACAACUAUCACCCCUUAGACGAGACUGAAGGGUUAAGAGGCAUCGGCAAAAGUUGCUUUGAGACCGCACAACAAAUCCGCAACGUUACUCUCUUAUCUACAGGCGAACAACUUCGACACGGUUUAUUUUGACAAAAUAGAAUUUUA